AUGAAGGGAAGGGUCCUGCGGGCAGGGGCGACCGCUGCGCCGCCGCUGAUUGGCCGCCUGCCGCCAGCGUCAGGAUUCGGAGGCAGUAGCAGAACUCCACCACCACGCAGCAGCCAGCGCUGGAUACAUCCAUGGAUACACCUCACCCAAGGCUCGCCGUGCUGGGUGGCAUCCGCCGUGACGAGACUGUUCUUGCGCUGGCCGCCGUCCAGAGAGGACGAGGCCGUGUCGCACGCAGCAGAUGAAAUCGCACAAGGCCGCACGCUCGCUGCCCAUCCUGCUGCCCUCUGUUUGCUCGACUUCGCUGCGUUGCUGCGCUCGCCGCCGAAGCGCCGUCCCGCUGGCUAUUUUCUGCGCGCUAUCGAACGGCGCCCCGAAAUCUCCUUUUCAGUGCGUGGCCCGAUCCAGGGUGCCCGUUUGAGCGCGACUCCGCAAGGCACGGCUGGGCUGGCGACUCGCAGGCUCUUGUGGGCCCCUGCUUUGCUCAUUUGGCGAAGCUCCCGCUCGACGGUCUGGGCGCCGCUCGCUGUGUUAGACGGCUUAUUCUGCGCUCUUCCUCCUCACCACCGCUCCGCCUCGCCCACGCCUCCCCGUCUCUCCCAUCCUCUCGACAAUUCUCGACCGGGAACGCUCACUGCGAUAUCGCCUGCAGUGUGCACUUCUACCGCCGUCGCAGUCCCCUUCACCUCCGUUCUCCUUACGACCAUCCGCCCACGACCCGCCCCGGGUAGCCGCUCCUUCGCCCGCCCACCCUCUCUCGCUCCACCGUUCCUUUGCUCGUAAUUCAGCCAGCUGUGUCCCGACCGUUUGCUCGUCAACGUCGAAGUCGCUCGUUUCUCGCAGACCGCCUGUCCAGUCCGUCCCUCGCCGCCCUCACCUGACCCUGUCCACGCGGCGCCUUCGAUCAGGAACAAAGGCACCCUCGCCAAACGAUCGGCAAGCACAUCCUUUGUGCGCAGCGUGGCAUCGUCGCAUCCCAGGAACACUUCUUUGAGGGUGCAUCCCGCUGCGACAGGUCCUUUGUUGCGGCUCGCCUUCCAUAGACAGCUGGGCGUGUGUCGGGUUUCGGUUGAGACAACGCUACGCCCGCCGCACUGGGACUGUCGAACUGUUUCCUCGCGAAACCAGAAACGACUGUACCGAACAUGACGGCAUAGGCCGACUGGACGAACAAUCCUC